AUGAGUGAACGAAAUCCAAAAAGACGUAAAACUACACAAACUACACUUAAUUUUGUACCAGAAUUUUAUACUAUAUCUAUUCCUAAAAGUCAAACUACUAAUAUUCAAAAGCAAAAAUUAACCAAUAAUGUACAAAAAAGUCUUUUUGAUUUUUUACCAAAUAUAAGUACUAAAAAAAAACAUUCUAUUAAAGAAAUUAAUGUUAGUAGCGAUGAUAAUUCCAAUAGUAAUGAUGAGAAUCAGUUUGAAAAUAGUGAGGAUGAUGAAAGUAGUGAUGAUAGUGCGAGUAGUUCUGAUUAUGAAUUAAAUGAUGAAUGUCAGUGUGGUAAGGAAGUUAAAUUAGAUAGAAAAUAUCGACCAAAAAAUUUAAUUUCUCAUGCAAAAAGUAGUAAUUGCCAAAUUCGUAAAGAUAUGAGGUGUUAUUUCUUUUUACAAAUGUGGAAAGAAUAUUUACUACAAUGUAAUGAAAUAUAUCAGAAUAAAUGGUAUUUAAUAUCUAAAACCUGUAUUUCCAUGCAAAGUUUUAAGAUAUUUACUAGUUUAGCAGAAUCCAUGUUAUUAUUAAUAUUGGCAUAUAGAAAAUAUUAUUUGACCUUUUCUUUUUUUUCUUGGGAACACGGUACUAAAGCUAUUGAACAUGUUUUUGGACUUGCUAGACAAAUUGUACUAGAUUUUACUUAUUAUGAAUUUUAUAAAAUAAUAAAUAAAGUUAUGUAUAGAGAUAAAAUAUUAAAGCUUGAAAAUUUAAUUAAUCAUCAAGAUAAAACAUCUGCACAAGGUUAUAUUUUUGAUAUUGAUGAUAAUAUUUUAUUUCAAAAUGAAAUUGAAUUAUUAAGAUGCUAG